GUGCGGGGGCGGGGCGUAGCGACGCGAGGCCCCGGAUGUGGCUGCUGCGGCCCCUCCUCCCCCGCGCUUCUCUCCGAGACCCCCGCCGCGCGCCGCCGCUCGCUUGCUGGUUUCCGCGCGGGCCCCUCGGGCGGUGGUGAAGCGGCACCGAGGCGGAGGCGGCGGAGGAGCUCGGUGGCAGCAGAGCAGCCAGCGAGGCGACCGAGCGGAGGCGAGCGGGCAAGGCCGGGCGGCCGUCGCCAUGAGCGGCUCGUCGGGCACCCCGUACCUGGGCAGCAAGAUAAGCCUCAUCUCCAAGGCGCAGAUCCGCUACGAGGGCAUCCUGUACACCAUCGACACGGACAACUCCACCGUGGCGCUCGCCAAAGUGAGGUCCUUUGGUACCGAAGAUCGCCCCACAGAUAGGCCUGCGCCUCCGAGAGAGGAGAUUUACGAGUACAUCAUUUUCCGGGGAAGUGAUAUCAAAGAUAUUACGGUAUGCGAGCCUCCGAAAGCUCAGCAUGCACUCCCUCAGGAUCCUGCCAUCGUUCAGUCUUCCCUGGGCUCGGCCUCUUCCUUCCAGCCACACGUGCCUUACAGCCCCUUCAGAGGGAUGCCACCCUACAGCCAGCUGGCCGCCAGCUCCCUGCUGAGCCAGCAGUACGCAGCUUCGUUGGGUCUAGAGAAGCUGGUAAGCCCGCCAGCCUCGGCCGCAGCCUCCAGCCCUAGCUCCUCUCCAUCUCCACAGCCCGUUUCAGAGCCUGACAUGUGCUCAGAGCCACACCAGCUCACUUCCAAGGGAGCUGGUUUUCCAUCCGUCCCAGUCGGCAAGAGCCCCAUGGUGGAGCAGGCUGUCCAGACUGGUUCGCUUGAUAACCUGAACGCCAAAAAGCUGUUACCCGGCAAGGGCCCAGUGGGGAUGCAGCUCAACGGGCGCCCGGCCCCGCCCAGCAGCAAGACCGCCAGCGAUGUAGCUCAGCCGGCCGCUGUGCAAGCUCAAGGGCAGGUGAACGACGAGAACAGAAGGCCCCAGAGGAGGAGAUCAGGGAACAGACGAACAAGGAACCGCUCCAGAGGGCAAAGCCGCCCAACUCACGUCAAGGAGAACACGAUCAAGUUUGAAGGCGACUUCGAUUUUGAGAGUGCAAACGCCCAGUUCAACCGCGAGGAGCUGGACAAAGAAUUUAAGAAGAAGCUGAAUUUUAAAGAUGACAAAGCGGAGAAAGGGGAAGAGAAGGACCCGGCGGUGGUGACCCAGAGUGACGAGGCCCCCGCUGAGGAGGACCACCUGGGGCCCAACUGCUACUACGACAAGUCCAAGUCCUUCUUCGACAACAUCUCCUCUGAGCUCAAGACCAGUUCCAGGCGGACCACGUGGGCUGAGGAGAGGAAGCUCAACACGGAGACUUUCGGGGUGUCAGGAAGGUUUCUUCGUGGCCGUGGUUUCCGGGGGGGAUUGCGCGGGGGCCGGGGCAGCGGGACAACCCGGCGCAACCCGACGUCCCACAGAGCUGGGACUGGCAGGGUGUAAGGAAGCGGCCGACGGCCUGCCGAAGCAGCAGCAACGCAGCUGUGUGAGGCGAUGGAAGACACUGCACUAACCGGGGAGACGAUGGGUCACUUUGUUUACCGAAUUGGGAAAAUUCUCAUCCUUUUGUUCUGGACUUCACGGAAAUUGGACGUGGUCUGCGUUAGAACCACUUGUUUUGGGGGAAGUAUUUAUGGAUAACCUCUCCAGAGUGUCUUGAUCUUUCCUCCUCAGUUGUGCAGUCUAAGGUUUUGGUAUUUUGCAAAAAGGUUUCUAAAGUGACAGCUUGAUCCUCACUUUGUGACUUUUUGGACAGCUUUGACUUUUACAGUGGAACCAAAUCUCAUUUGGCAGCCAGGCAUAGCUCUGUAACCCAAAAGGCCCCUGGUGCUGCUGGCCUGGCACCCCCACUGCCACUGGUGAGGUCCCAGGAGCUAGGCAGGGCCAGCACCCAGAGCAUGGGCCUGGGGCAGGGAAAGUGGGGUGAUCCACAGAUGAUGUUGUACAAGCAGACCAGACAACCUGAUGUCCGGAGUGGUGGUGUCAAGUUUGGGGGCUGGCGGUGGCGGGGGGGGGGAACUCUUGAAGUGGGAAGGGGUCCUGAACGUGAGCUAGCUGUUUGCUGAGCUUGGCUUCCAUAGGAAUGGGGGUUGGGGUGGAAGCCCAGGACAAACCCUCUCGUGUCCCCGUCCUCCGCUGUCCCAGCCAGCCCAGCCGGGGCCAGUCCGUGUGGGAAGCCGGGCCAACAUUGUUUGGUGUCUCAUCCACUUGGAAACGAGCCAGUCUUUUUUGUAAGGUCAGUUGACCAAGAGCAUUAUCUUCCCUGAAUUGUAAAUAGUUCCGUGUUUUUUGUUUAAAAGGUGGGUGGAGGGGAGGGUGGGGACAUAAACUGGUUGCAUGAGGCAAGGGGUCAGCCCUUUAGUGGGAGCAUGCGCCCCUGCUCGACGGGGCAUGUGUUGAGCAUAAGCACCUUCGUAACUAACCCCCUUAAGUAGAUGUAAAGGUUUUGGUUCCGUAUUAAGUUACUGUAAGAGCUUGGGUUUAUUUUUGUAGGAGUAAUGCCUAAGAAUUAGAAUGUAGCUGUGAGGCCACUAUGUUGGAAUAAUGUAAAUUGUAAUUAUAAAUAAACAUG